ACCCACUGGCCCGGAAAUCCCCGCCCCCAGGGGCCCCCUUAGGGAGGGGCCCAGCCCCCCACCUCCUCCAGCUCUCAGAGACCCCCCCCGCCCAGGGGUUAGGGACCCCCAGGGGAGGGGAACCCCCCAGUCAGAGUGUAACAGCCCCCAGAGGCCCCCCCAACACAGGGGCAAAGGGGGCCUCCUCCCCCCCCCCCCCCCGCAUAGGGGCCCCGGACAUGCCCCCCCUGGGCCCCCGCUCAGCCCAGCUGUAGGGGGCGGAUCAGAGGUGGUAAGGGGUGGGGGUGGGUAGGUGGGCGAGAGACCCCCUCCCUGCCCCUGAGACCCCCACCCAAGGCAGGGCAGCGGGGGGGCUCGACAUCUCCAGGGGGACGCUUCUGCCUCCCCCCUGCCCGCCCGGCGCGGGCCUGAAUCCAGACAGGAGGUGCCCACGGAAGCUCAGGCCGGCCCAAGGCCCCGGUAACGGGGAGAGGUGCCAGGAGGGGACGCCAGCCUCCCCACCCUACUGCAGACUGGGUGCGGCUUGAAGCGGACCCAGGAGUCCGGGUGACCUGAGAGGCUUCCACCCCACCCCCAACGGGAGACGUGAGAUGCGGCUCAGGCCCGGCUCACCCGUGCCGUCCCGGGCACAGAUAGCAGCCUGACCACCUCCCGGUCGCCCGCUGGUGCCAGCUCCACCCCAUUGCACAGACACAGGGGGUUUCCUGCCCCCCAAGGACUGGGAUCCAGGGCCCCCCAUUGCACAGACACGGGCUUUUCUGCCCAGACUGGGAUCAGGGUCCCCCCCCAUUGCACAGACACAGGGGGCCUUCCCCCCCCCCCCCCCCCCAGGACUGGGAUCAGAAGCCGCCCCGCUGCCGGGCCGCUCCCCCGCCCCACCCCCGCCAUGUCAACCUCAUCGCUGCGGCGCCAGAUGAAAAACAUCGUCCACAACUACUCGGAGGCGGAGAUCAAGGUGCGGGAGGCCACGUCCAACGACCCCUGGGGCCCGUCCAGCUCGCUUAUGUCGGAGAUUGCCGACCUCACCUACAACGUGGUGGCCUUCUCCGAGAUUAUGAGCAUGAUCUGGAAACGGCUCAACGACCACGGCAAGAACUGGCGCCACGUCUACAAGGCCAUGACGCUGAUGGAGUACCUCAUCAAGACGGGCUCGGAGCGUGUGGCCCAGCAGUGCAAGGAGAACAUCUACGCCAUCCAGACGCUGAAGGAUUUCCAGUACGUCGACCGCGAUGGCAAGGACCAGGGUGUCAACGUGCGGGAGAAGGCCAAGCAGCUGGUGGCCCUGCUCCGGGACGACGAGCGGCUCAAGGAGGAGCGGGCCCAUGCCCUCAAGACCAAGGAGAAGCUGGCGCAGACCUCCACGG